UGCCGCGUCCUCCGGGCAUGGAAGGAGGCUGCAAGCCCAACUCCUCGUCUAACAGCCGGGACGAUGGCAACAGCGUCUUCCCCUCCAAGGCGCCCGCGACGGGCGCGGGGCCGGCCGUGGCCGACAAGCGCCUGGCCACCCCGCCUGGGGGUGGAGGGGCCGGCUCGAAGGAGCACGGCAACUCCGUGUGCUUCAAGGUGGACGGCGGCGGCGGCGGCGAGGAGCCGGCGGGGAGCUUCGAGGACGCCGAGGGACCUCGUCGGCAGUAUGGCUUCAUGCAGAGGCAGUUCACCUCCAUGCUGCAGCCUGGGGUCAACAAAUUCUCCCUCCGAAUGUUUGGCAGCCAGAAGGCGGUGGAGAAGGAGCAGGAAAGGGUUAAAACUGCAGGCUUCUGGAUUAUCCACCCUUACAGUGAUUUCAGGUUUUAUUGGGAUUUAAUAAUGCUUAUCAUGAUGGUUGGAAAUCUGGUCAUCAUACCAGUUGGAAUCACAUUCUUUACAGAACAAACAACAACACCAUGGAUUAUUUUCAAUGUGGCAUCAGAUACCAUUUUCCUGUUGGACUUGAUCAUGAAUUUUAGGACUGGGACUGUCAAUGAAGACAGUUCUGAAAUCAUCCUGGACCCUAAAGUGAUCAAGAUGAAUUAUUUAAAAAGCUGGUUUGUGGUUGACUUCAUCUCAUCAAUCCCAGUGGAUUAUAUCUUCCUUAUUGUAGAAAAAGGGAUGGAUUCCGAAGUUUACAAGACAGCCAGGGCACUGCGCAUUGUGAGGUUUACAAAAAUUCUCAGUCUCUUGCGCUUAUUGCGACUUUCAAGGUUAAUUAGAUACAUACAUCAGUGGGAAGAGAUAUUCCACAUGACAUAUGAUCUCGCCAGUGCAGUGGUGAGAAUAUUUAAUCUCAUCGGCAUGAUGCUGCUCUUGUGUCACUGGGAUGGCUGUCUUCAAUUCUUGGUACCACUACUGCAGGAUUUCCCACCAGAUUGUUGGGUGUCUCUAAAUAAAAUGGUUAAUGAUUCUUGGGGAAAGCAGUAUUCAUAUGCACUCUUCAAAGCUAUGAGCCACAUGCUAUGCAUUGGGUAUGGAGCCCAAGCCCCAGUCAGCAUGUCGGACCUCUGGAUCACCAUGCUGAGCAUGAUUGUAGGGGCCACCUGCUACGCCAUGUUUGUUGGUCAUGCCACGGCAUUAAUCCAGUCUUUGGAUUCUUCAAGGAGGCAGUAUCAAGAGAAGUAUAAGCAAGUGGAACAAUACAUGUCCUUCCAUAAAUUACCAGCAGAUAUGCGUCAGAAGAUACAUGAUUACUAUGAACACAGAUACCAAGGCAAAAUCUUCGAUGAAGAAAAUAUUCUCAAUGAACUUAAUGAUCCUCUGAGAGAGGAGAUAGUCAACUUCAACUGUCGAAAACUGGUGGCUACCAUGCCUCUUUUUGCCAAUGCGGAUCCUAAUUUCGUGACUGCCAUGUUGAGCAAGUUGAGAUUUGAAGUGUUUCAACCAGGAGAUUAUAUCAUACGAGAAGGCGCCGUGGGUAAAAAAAUGUAUUUCAUUCAACAUGGUGUUGCUGGUGUCAUCACAAAAUCCAGUAAAGAAAUGAAGCUGACAGAUGGCUCUUACUUUGGAGAGAUUUGCUUGCUGACUAAGGGACGACGCACUGCCAGUGUUCGAGCUGAUACAUAUUGCCGUCUCUAUUCCCUUUCGGUGGACAAUUUCAAUGAGGUCCUGGAGGAAUAUCCAAUGAUGAGAAGAGCCUUCGAGACAGUGGCCAUUGACCGACUAGAUCGGAUAGGCAAGAAAAACUCCAUUCUUCUGCAAAAGUUCCAGAAGGAUCUGAACACUGGUGUUUUCAACAAUCAGGAGAAUGAGAUCCUGAAGCAGAUUGUGAAACAUGACAGAGAGAUGGUACAGGCAAUCGCUCCAAUCAAUUAUCCUCAAAUGACAGCCCUGAAUUCGACAUCUUCCACCACUACCCCCACAUCGCGCAUGAGGACACAAUCUCCACCGGUGUACACAGCGACUAGCCUGUCUCACAGCAACCUGCAUUCCCCGAGUCCCAGCACACAGACACCCCAACCAUCGGCCAUUCUCUCACCGUGCUCCUACACCACUGCGGUCUGCAGCCCUCCUGUACAGAGCCCGCUGACCACGCGAACUUUCCACUAUGCCUCCCCCACGGCUUCCCAGUUGUCACUUAUGCAGCAGCAGCAACAGCAGCAGCAGCAGCAGCUGCAGCAGUCCCAGGCUCCGCAGACUCAGCCACAGCAGCAGCAGCCACCACAACAGCCACAGACACCCAGCAGCUCCACACCGAAAAACGAAGUGCACAAGAGCACGCAGGCGCUUCAUAACACCAAUCUGACCCGAGAAGUCAGGCCCCUUUCGGCCUCGCAGCCCUCGCUGCCCCAUGAGGUGUCCACUCUGAUCUCCAGACCUCAUCCCACUGUGGGCGAGUCCCUGGCCUCCAUCCCCCAACCCGUGGCAGCCGUCCAUGGCACGAGCCUUCAGGCGGGGGGCAGGGGCACAGUCCCUCAGCGAGUCACCCUCUUCCGACAAAUGUCGUCGGGAGCCAUUCCCCCCAAUCGAGGAGUCCCUCCUGCACCCCCUCCACCAGCAGCUGCUCUUCAGAGGGAGCCUUCCUCAGUCUUAAACACAGACCCAGAUGCAGAAAAGCCACGAUUUGCUUCAAAUUUAUGAUCCCUGCUAAUUGUCAAAGCAGAAAGAAAUACUCUAAUAAACUGAGAGUAUUCUCAGAUCUUAUUUUAUUCUAUCUCCUGAUAGAUCCCUAUAGCCUACUAUGAAGAGAUAUUUUAGACAGCUCUGGCCUACAUGCAAAAUGUAAAAACAUAUAUAUACAUAUACUAUUAAAUAUAUAUCUAAAUUCCCAAGAGAAGUUCAAAAGACCUGUUUAGCAUUCAGUGUUAUAUGUCUUCCUUUCUUUAAAUCAUUAAAAGAUUUAAAAUGUUGUUGUAAGAUUAUUUCUUUCUAAUGUACUUUUACUUAAUUCUUUGGGUAUAUGUAUUUCUCUAUUUUAUGAAGAGUUCUUGGAUUCAAUGGGAAMAAAACUAUUGAUUUUAAAAAGGCAAUUCUCAAAUGAGCUCUGGAAUAGCACCAAUCAAAAUUUUUAUUCAUUAGUUGUGUCUCUGCAUCUAAAUUUUCAAUCAUUAAUUAUGGGGGGAUUAAAUAAUAAAUCCCAUUUUAUAGAUCUAAAUUGUAAUUUGGUGCUUUCAAUUUUGAAUUAGAAAAAGAACACAUUACAUGCUUGGCCAUUGUAGGAGACUAGCAUUGCCACUGUUAAAAGACUGCCUCUAUUCUCAAACACGUUCAUUGGUCUUUCAGAAAGCUGAGGGAAUAUUUCUCUUCAUGUGUUAUUGGACUUUUACCAAGACUCAAUCAAUGUUAGCUGUAAAUAACUUUUUGAACCCAAAUAAAAAUAGCUAUUCUGUGUUGUAUGAAGGUAAAAGUCAUUGUUUAAGGAUUUAGUUUUAUUGCUUCACUUCAAAACUUAGAGUUUUAAAUUUUACAAAACCGAAUUGUGACAAUUAUUCAAUUGUAAUGCAAUGGCUUGAAACCUACAAUAUUAUUUUAACCUGCAACGUUUUAUGCAAAAAAUGUAUGCUCGAAUCUACAAAUUGCUUGUAUUACACCAAAAAUCAUUACUUUUCUUCCUUCUUGCCAUAAUCAAGCAUCUGAAAAUAGUCCCUGCAUGCUUUUGGGGGGGAAAUAAUAGGUUCAAAUCAUUCAUUAUAAGGGAAGGCUUACAGUAUUUUCUCAUUUCUAGAAAAGUAUAAAAAUUCAUUAAUUGCCUAUCUUAAAAUUCUUGUAAGGCUGACUUGGAUUUSUGACUUAAGUCUAGAAGUGAGGUUUUUCAUUUUCAUUUAAUAUUAUUGCUAUUAUUAUUAUUAUUUAAGUAAUUAUUUGCAAACCACAGCUUGAUUUGGAGUUGAGAGUGUGUUCUAUGUCUUCACUGUAGUUGGUAGUUCACUGUGGUGUUAAUUUAAAGAAAUAAAUACAAUAUAYCAUCAUGUCUGUUUGGUAAUACACAUUUUGCUCUAUGUAUAUUGUAACUAAGUGGUUAGUAAAUCUUAAGGCAUGUGGUGACUAACAUAGACCUUAGAUAGGAAGCUCAUUAUUUCAAAUGUGCUGAAAACAGUAUGUACAUGGUGACAGAAAGCUGCCGUAAAGUUGAAUGUCUGUGAGCAUUGUUUAUUUGUUCGUUCAUUUGUUUCCUUAAUUCUUUCCAUGAUCUGUGAGCAUCUGCUUCUUCUCAAAGAAGUCCCUUAGUAAUCAUUUGUGCCUAAUGCAUCACAAAAAAAUGUGGUGGAUGACUGGAAUGCUAUGGAAAGAUUCCUAAUGUCCAACUUCUGCAAAUAACCCAAAUAACGAAAAUGACCUAAAGUGGAGAACUUCAGUAUCUCUGACUCUUAUGGCACAUUGAAGAAGAACUUAAAAAGAUCACACAUUAUCUGGGACAGGGCCUCAAGAUUGAGGACAGAAAGCAAAAAUUCUGAAGUGGAUCCAUGCUGCCUGUAAUGCCUUUUAUGGAUAUAAUACUUAUAAUACCMAAAUGAGAUAUUAUGUUUAAUUUCUAACAGAUCCAAAGUCGUGUGGAAGUGAUCAACAAUGCUAGUCAAUAUAUUAUCAUUAAUAUGCUGGUGACAAAUGAUGGUGUGUCAGGAAUGGCCUGAGAAAUGAAUUGUUCAGCCUACCUAGAAUCUAUGGGAAAGCUKCAAGACCUUAUCAGUACAAAACUCCUUUAUUUCAUUAAAAUAUGAGAAUUAACUUCAAUUUAUUAAGAUCAUGCAUUGCUCCUUUAAAUUGUUAAAGGUUUUACAUUUGAUAGAAUUAAUGGGUUUGGUAGUGAAAUAUUUUUAUAUAUAUGAAUUUUUGGUUUUUUAUUUUGAGCACUAUUGGGAAUCAUAAGCAAAAUUGAAUUGCAUGGUCUUUCAGUGCAACCAUACAAUUUUUAUUCACUUUGUAAUAGAAUGGAAAAAAAAAACCCUAAGGUUUAUAUGCUAACCUAAACAAGGUACAGGGUAAAUUAUAUACAUAUAUAUGUAUGAAUGUAUAUAUACUUAGGUUAAGAAAAAAAUUGACUCACAUUCCUGUAAUAUAAAGGUUCAUUGCUAGUUGACAGUGACCUCUUUUUCUCUGUACAUAGUUAAGCCCACAAGUAUGGAGUUUUAAUCUGUACAGAAAGAAAUGUAUUAUUGAAAAGAUUGGCCUUUUUGCUGCUGGGAAGAUAGUAACAUAGCUGAUUCCUACAACAACUGUAUGAUCAGGGAUGAGUUAGAGUAUUUCUUUUGUCUUUGCUCAAAGCCAUACAUAUAUAAAUAUAUAUAAAGAUUAUUAAUAAAUUCAACAGAAAAUAAACUAAAA